UUCUACCUCAACGGCCACACUCCCCAAGAUCGCACAUGGCCUCCGUGACAGACACGCCCACCGCCUCAUCCUCAUCGCCAGAGUUGCUUGCACUGCAAGGAAAAUUGAAGACACUUUCAGACAUCAAUGCACAGUUGCGUACGGUCAGGCGGAUUCCCACACAAUUGGUCAAGCCACCGGAAGUAGGGAUCUUGCAGCAGCUCAACUUCGACGGGACUCUGGCGGAGAAAUUCCAGCUCGUUAAGGAUCUUGCGGCAGCAUUAGCUUCUGAGAGUGUGCAAGGCUCCCUGCUUGCAGCGCGAGCCAGCGAGCAGAAAGUCAAAGGCGAUCUUAUAUUCACCAAGCCUCGCGAGACACGCAAGCGAAAACGGCAAUCCUCGGCGGAUCCCUCGCCUGGGUCCCCGCGAGUGUAUGUUCCGGAAGCACCACAACCAACGUCGCGUUUCCCCCGGGACGAGGCUACGGCAUUGAUGCUGGAUGGACUUGCCGAGUACCUGAAGGAAUUUAACCGCGCGAACCCCAAGAUCAAAGUCCACGUCGUCACAUCUGACCCACACCGAACGCUGUACCUCCCGCUCUUGCUCCGCUAUUCCAUCCGAGAUGCACUUACGAUCUUCCUGACCGUUGACGGAGCGGAUGGGACGUCGUUGAUCGUGGAGAACGCCACAGCCUUUGCUUCGCGCGAACAGAAACCCCAUCACUCGCAAUCGGACUUCGUCGUGUUUCAGAAGCUCACCCAGCAAGUGGUCAGAAUCAUUCAAUCCGAGCCCCAGGUCCCCCUCCGAGCAACAUUGGCUCUCCUCAACUCGUAUGAGAACCUCUUCUCGCAGAAGUGCACGAGAGAGUCAUGCGGACGGAUAUUGUCUGUGGAGGCGCACAUCCCUCCUGUUGCGCGCGUCUGGUCAGAAAAUGCUCGCGUCUGGUCUCAAGACGGCCUGAAGAAUGGCGGAUCCCCUGGUUGGGAGCCGUUCCAUCCGACUUGUCUGCAGCGUUGAUACUGGUACUGGACCAUCGUUAUUCGAUCAUAGUGCGUUACCUUUCCAAGUACACCGGGUUUGAUCUUUGACAAAGGACAGGAUUCGGAGGUCGCUUGUGCGCCAUUGCGGUGUCUUCCCUCCACCCGGGAGCUUCAACGACGAUCGGGGCCUGAACGCUACUCAUGAUGGACGAACAGGUAGGGACCAGUGCACUUCACAGCGAUACAAUCUUUAGGCAUCGCCAUAUGCAGUGGCUACACAGCCUCGUUGAUGCUCAAGCACGAGUCAGACAUUGUUGAAACUUGCUCUCCACGGAAUUCAUUUUUUCUUCCAUCAUCGCGAUGCGCUCCGCCCAUCACCGCGAUGAUCAAGUUGCUCGGACCAUCUCCGACGUUGUGUAGCAGUUGUAGCAGUGACCAAUCAACAUUAUUCCAUCGCGCCUCGCAGCAGGAG